AUUUGAGCUGCGGUUCUCGAACCCAGGAUCUUGAAAUGCAUCGUGAUUCCUGUCCAUUAGAUUGUAAGGUGUAUGUAGGUAAUCUUGGAAACAAUGGGAACAAGACUGAAUUAGAACGGGCAUUUGGCUAUUAUGGACCGCUCCGAAGUGUAUGGGUUGCUCGAAACCCUCCUGGCUUUGCUUUCGUUGAAUUUGAGGAUCCCCGAGAUGCUGCUGACGCUGUCCGAGAGCUAGAUGGAAGAACACUAUGUGGCUGCCGAGUAAGAGUGGAGCUGUCGAAAGGUGAGAAAAGAAGUCGGAAUCGUGGCCCCCCUCCUUCUUGGGGUCGUCGCCCGCGAGAUGAUUACCAUAGGAGGAGUCCUCCACCUCGGCGAAGAUCUCCAAGAAAGAGAAGCUUCUCUCCAAGCCGGAGCAGGUCACUUUCUAGAGAUAGGAGGAGAGAGAGGUCUCUGUCUCGUAAGAGAAACCACAAGCCGUCUCGAUCUUUCUCUAGGUCUCGUAGCCGAUCUAGGUCAAAUGAAAGGAAGUAGAAGACCAGUUUGCAAAAGAAGUGGUGUACAGGAAGUAACUUCAUUUGACAGGAGUAUGUACAGGAAAUUCAAGUUUUGUUUGAGACUUCAUAAGCUUGGUGCAUUUUUAAGAUGUUUUAGCUGUUCAUGUUCCCUUAAGCAAGAUUGAAUUUGCUUUGAACUUUAGUUUUUCAUAGACUGAAAUAAACCUAGAUCCUG